GCCACGGGAAGGCUCAAUAAAGGGCGCUAGUGUACGUCAAGUGUCACAGCCGUUGCUUGUCUCCUCAGUAUUGUAAUUUAAAUCGGUGAUUUAAUUAAGAAUAACGUAUUUUUUUUCUAGAAUUUGUGAAACAUUAAGCAAUAAUGACCGACAAGAAAGCAUACCCGGUGACACCUCAUCCACCAACAGGUUUUGUCCCUGCGCCGGCACAGCCUGCUACCUACGGUAGUACACUUGCAGGUGCCGCACCGUAUGGAGUAUUUCCUAAUCAACCACAACUUUAUGCAGCGCAAGGACCACCGCCGCCGACGUAUGAUCAAACUCUUACUCAUCCGAUGAUGUAUCAACCAAUGUAUGGUCAAGGAUACCCAGGAUACUUAACGGGUUAUCCUGCAUAUGGACCAUUGCAAUAUUACCCACCAUUAGCUGCAGCUGCAGCAUAUUACCCUGCAGCAGCAAUGCAGCCUCCAGUUAGGCCCCCUACACUUGUGAUGCCUAAUGGAUUCGAUGCUACUAAUCGAUUUGAUAGUAUCUCACAACCUGUCUUGCCACCACCCCCAACAGUUCCAAAUGCCGCCCAACUAGCUGCAAUGGCGAGUCACAGCGUGGCUAUAUCGCAAAAGAAAAAUUUCCUAGGAGGGGGAACAGAAGGCGGUUACACCUUUUGGUAAACCAUUAAACCUUUUGUGAAACACUAAGUCUAACAAAGGCAUUGUUGUCGAGAUGAUCCAUGUAGGCAAAUCUGAUUUAUGUUAGAAUUCUACUAUUUUCACAUUGGGAGCAGCUAUUAAUUAGUAUAUCUUGUGCGUGGACCGAUCGCAAAAAUAGCACUUUCUAAUUCGCUAAUAUUCUAAAAGUGCUUAGUAUAUUUUCUGUUAGCUCGUUAGUUUUUUCUUGUCACAGAUUUAUAUGUGAUGUAUAGUUAUCGGUGCACAAUGUGACUUUCAAAUUUUAGCUAUCGGUCGGCGCAUACAACAUACUAUGAGAUUUAAGAAAAACAUUAAGAAGGGAAGACUCGUGCGGCACCAGUUAUAUAAUUGAAAAAAAAAAAAAAAAAAAAAAAAAAAGCAGCUAUUUGAAAUAACUCGAAAAGAAACCAAAAGCACAUUUUGUAAACUAAUGAUGCGUAAAAGUGAAGUUGUAGGUCUUCGAUUAUAUUUCGUUAUCUCUUGAUGGUAACGACCAAAUGACAAAUGAUCCCUCGACGUACUUAAAGUAAAAUUUAAGAAGAUGAUGGUUAUUUAAAAAUACAAGAUAUUAUUUUAAAUUACUCGAUUGUCACACGACGUUAAGUUGCAUUAAUAUAACAGAAUCCGUACGUUUAACAUUACGAAUGCUAUAAAAUUCUUUUUGAAAAUGGUAAAUUUCAAUUAUGUGAUCUAAAAAAUGUUUUAUCUUUUCGUAUUUAACGCAGUUAACGAUACAUUUCAAAACGCACGAGAUGUUCCAUUUUUAUUUUAUAAAAGGGAUGUUAAACGCGAGCGAGAGUAGGGAACACGGUGUUGUUCUUCUUUUUAGAGUUAGCGGGUGAAUACAUGCACUAGUGGAUGCGAGUUGUCUCAUUCGCCUACAGGGAUCGAUAUUCAAAGUGUGUUCUAAGCCUUUUUUUAAGCGCGACUUGGUUUUCUGCAAAGUAAACCGAAGAGCAAAGGGGUUGCUCGCGUUAUUUCUGUUACUUUCUAGACGACUAUAUUUUUUUUCGAUAUUUUUUUCCUUUGGAGCUUUUAAUGCUCCAAUGAAGUUUCUUUUCCAACGUGAAAAAAGGUCAUCAUAGCCCCAACGUUUAGGAAAAAAAGAACAUGUUCGUGAUAGGAGCCUGAGGAAUGCGUGAGAGUCAUUCGUCGUAGUUGAUGAGGUUAUUUGCUGCGCAUUAUAAUUGUAAUUUAGCGAACAAUUAGUAGUACAUAGGAAAUUUUUAUUAUUCUUUUUUUUGAUAAAAAUUUUAGUGAAGGUGGUAGAGAAAGAAAUGUUUAAAAUGGUUCCUUUUUCACGUCAUUAAAAUCAUUAUGUAAUUUUGACGCAUUUUAUGAUUAUAAAAUAUGUAUAAGCGAUGUUCAAGGCUCGAGUGCCAAACGACAAAGUUCAAAAUUAUAAAAUAUACCGAAGAUUCUCACGUAUUCAAUCGACUUCAAAGAUACUUACCUACUCUACCUAAAAGUACGCACUCUCUUCUUUAAAAUCAGUAGUUUUUCUUCCUAGUUGUUUGAUGUUUCUUUUUUAAAUGCAGAUUAGCUAGGUCGGCUAACAAAGUUAUUAUUUAAUUGAAAUGAAAGGCUUGCCCGCGGCGUUCGAAUUUCUAUAAGCGGGUUAAAAUUGUGCUUUGAUUGAAACAGUUACCAUGUAGUGACUGAAAUUCCCCAAUAAACGUUAUUUUGCCUUUUCAAUAAGCACCUGUGUAACUAUUCGAACUGAUCGAUGUGUAAUAUCCAAAAAAUAGUAUAUAAGUACGUCCUCUCCGUAAGCAUUGUAAGCAUUAUCCAAGUUUUCUUUGUUCGUGUCAAGUUGCAUAGUAACUAUGUGGGAACUGAAUUCGACCAAAGCUCACGAAGGAAACAAAUAGUUGACUCAAUUUCAAAGUACAAAUUGAAUAUCCAUGUAAGUAGAGGGAAAGUUCGUAACGACGGGGUCAAGCCUUAUGUCAGCCAUAUUAGGCGAUGUUGCGGUAAUGAUACGGUAAGCAACGCAGCGAGUUCGUAAUGCCUAUAAUUUAAUAUACAGUGCAGAAUGUUGUUAACAACUACAUACUAUUUUCUGAGAAACUUGAGAUCUAUUUCAAAGAACGAAGAGACACACAGAAAUCUUGAAGAUUGUGAAAAAUGAAUAACUAGUUGCACACAGCUACGAAAACGACUGUUUUGCUCCGCGAUCAUAGGCAUAUAGUACGGUGAACCUGCUGAUAGGAUACUUGAAAUGUUCCAUUCUGCAGGUGCACAAUUAAACACGAUAUUAAUUAAGCAAUGAAGAUCGAAGAAACUAAUUUACAAUCGGUGAUAGCUUAGGAUAGGACCAAGAAACGCAGUUCUAUUUAGAAUUUUUCGAAUAGGUGUUCCGGCAAACUUGACCAGUACUCUAAUAUGUUUCGCAUUGGGCUUUAAUGAGGAUGGGUAUUUUCAAAUACCUAUCUGUGAUGUAAACAAAAGCAACUUUUUGCUCUUUAAUUGAGAUUAAAAUAAGUUACAAUUUAAUUAACGGUGAAUCAAAGUGAUUUCUAUUCUGCUUUGAGAAUUCUAUUAGUUAAAUUUUUAUGAAUCAAGUUUAUCGUAUGGAGAAAAUUAUGUAUCGGUUUCAAAAACGAAAUUCAUCCAACGUUUCCAAUUUUUGCACCGUUAAAAAAAGCAGGAACUUCCUAAAAAAAUUAACUACUGUUCUUUGUAUUUUGUGAUAUCUGAUUACCUCAAAAUCUAAAGCAGAAUAUGUAGGUACUUGUCUUGUUUUGUACCAUCGUCGAAUUUAAUUGAGUUUCUACGAAAAGAAAAGAAGAAAAAGAGGAUAAUGCGCGAACGAUUGGAAUUCAAAUUUUCAUAAGGGCGAAACGCACUGGCCAAAUUUGUUGCCACAGCGCCAUAACUUACAUUCACCUUGUACCUUCAAUUCUUUUUCUACCAGAUGUACCUACAGUUAUUCACAUAUGACCAGCGUUUGAUAAAGAAGCGCGUAAUCUCAAUCUUAUUAAAAGAAAAAAAAAUCUAGUCCGAAGAGUCUGACUGAUUGGGAUACAAAAUGUUACAUAGACCUUUUUUCUCAAUCCGUGCGACGCCAGGUGCGAAAUAAAUACCGCAGCAUUCACUUAUACCUCGAGACAUCUGAGAAAAUUGACAUUUUCCAAAACAAAAAAAAACACUCAUGCCAUUCCAUUUGACGACAUUGAGUCAUAAUCGACACAUGUACGAGUCGCAUUUAGGAAUUUGAGACGCGUAUUAAAAAAAAAAAAAGAAAAAAAAAUAUAAAAAAAGACAAAAAAAGGUGAUAAGCGAGAAGUUGUGUCGUUACUUGAAAUGUAAUCACUCUCGUCGAAUUUUUGCGAGUUUGCAUAUCAGCAAAGGGCUGUUUAUUGCAAAAAAAUGAGGCACUUCGCUCAUACCUUACAUUGCACAAGAAGUGCACUGAGCCACCUUAAUCUUUGCAGCUAUGAUAAGAAUUGAAUGUUACAAUGAUUCAGAAAGAAAAACGAAAGAAAAUGAAUACUAAGCCCAAUGGCUAAUUUUAUAGGAACUUGUACACGUGAAGAAACAAUUGAAUUAUGUUGUGUUGAUAUUUAUAUUUAAAUUAUUAUUAUUUAAACAAUUUAUUCGCAGAUUACCUACAGUUUAGAACAAAAUUUACGCAACACAUUUUGACCGAUUAUUUUGUAUUUUGAGCGAGAGUGGUGUAAAGGUUUUAUAUCAUGAAAAAAGUGUGCAAUAAGCGUAAUGUCUAUUGUAACAAUAAAGAAAUGAUAUUAAUUGCAACACAGAAUUUGUUAUUACGUUUAACAAAAUAGAAAGGCUGGGAGGGAGAGGGAGAGAGAGUGAAAGCGAGUGAGAGAAAAGAAUAAAAAGAGAAAUGAAAAUGUACCACUGCAAUCAUCAAGUGUAUUAAUUAAUAAAUACAAUAAUCAUAAAAUUCA